GAUUUGAGGGUUUACACGGUUUGGCGCUCGGAAGUUGCACAUUACAAGGCUCAUCAAAUGUCGUAUCGCAAAACUGGUACAGAAUGGGAAAUUUUAGGAGAUUUGGCAGCAAGGCUACAUCAUAAGGACGAUGCCAAAGAUGCAUACACACGUUGUCUUGAUAAUAAAUUUUCGGCUAAAGCCUGGCUAAGGCUGCUGGAAUUUUAUGCAGAGGAAGGAGAUGUACAACAUGCUUUGAAUGCUGUAGUAAGAUUAUCUGUAUACCAUGAAAGAUGGUAUCAUGAAAUAAUUUAUCCAACCGCUAUUGCAUAUAAUCUUAAUAAAUUGAUUCGAACCGAGGGGCUUUCUAAAAUACAUUACAAUCUUAUCUCGAUGAAUUUAACACCGCCUGUAGCCAAGUUGGUUACAAGAUACCUUAUGUUUGCCGAAAAUUUUAAAACUCCUGGAUCGGAUUUUUAA